UCCUUUUAAUAUUCAUUUCCAGCAACCACUUUCCUCAACGAACUUCAUGUAUGAGUUGGAUCGAGUUACACAGGAGAUGAUCAUGACAAUAUUAAACACACAGAAGACAAGUGUACCGGGAGACCAGAUAACAGUGCCUGGAGCCAAUGUGAAGAUCGAGCUAACACGAAACCUCCAAAUGGCUGAACUUCGUAAACUGAGGCGACAGUUCAUCAGCUACACCAAGAUGCACCCGACGGAGAAUAUCGGACAGAUAGCAAACAUGUUUGUGCAGUACAUUAACCGGAGCCUCCACUAACAUGCAAGGGAAUGUAGCAAAUUGUGACUUGGAUUUCUUUAAUAAUAAUAAAGUGUUUUUAGAUCAA